CACAGCUGCACCGGGGACCGGGAUCAGAACCGGGGGAAGUCAGAGGAGACUUUACGCUCCGAGAUGGAAAACAUUGAAAAGACUCUUUGAAAGUUUACAUUUCGGACAUGGAGACAGAAGCGAACAGACAAAUAAUCACAACAACGUCCGCCUGAGGUUCGGUGCAGCGGAGGAUGACACCGGCACCGCCUGGCGAGCACCGACGCGUUGAUCCACACUUCCACAUCUCUGGAGAAGAGUAGGUCAAAGCAAAGAGCGACUGUCUGCCUCUGAUUCUGCAGAAGGACCAGCAUCCCUCUCUCUGCCAGCUCUGCUUACCGGCUGCGCAAACAGCGCGCUUGUUUUACGCUCCUUUAUAUCUUUGCACCAUCGCGGACUGCGGCAAAACACAAACCCGGACAUAUCGUUCAAACAGGUCUCUGCAGCCACGCUCGUUCAAACAUGACUGCCCUCUUGUCUUCAUGCUGUUUCCCUGAUGAGAGUUCACAUCGCCUGCUGGAUAGGAAGUAAAAGAGCUUUGCUACAAACUCUCUAAACAGCAUCAGCAAGGCAGUAUAAUCUGUGGACUCACCAUGGGCACUAUCCUAUCCCUGUCCCCCGGCUUUCGGAAGUCAGGCUACUAUGACAACCGUCCGGGCUCGCUCAGCCACUACCCGAGCAUCAGCAGCCGCUCCCUCAACAGCCAGAAAGAGCGCGGGCUGAAGAGGGGGCAGUCCAUCUUCCUCCCGGCGCUGACAUGGAAGCGACUGGUGGCUUCAACCAAGAAAAAGGGUAACUCCAAGAAAGGCUCCGGUGGUCAAAUGGCCCUCGGGGACCCUCUCAACAACAACAACAACAUCAACAUCAACAUCUACCAAAAGGACCCCUUGUUGCACCUCAACCGCGAAAAUGUGAAGAAGUCGUUGUCCUGUGCCAACCUGUCCAGCUACGAGGGCCCAGCAGGUCUGGGUCUGGGGCUCGGCUACGGCAUGGGGCUGGGCCAGGGCCACGGAUACGGCUACAGCAAAUCACAACUGCUCUCCUCUGUGAAAAAAGUUCCCCAAGGGACGGUGACGUCGUCCCCAAAGCGCGUCAUCGUCCAGGCGUCCACCAGCGAGCUGCUGCGCUGCCUGGGGGAGUUCCUGUGCUGUCGCUGCUACCGGCUGAAGCUCCUGGCCCCCGCCGACCCGGUGCUGUGGCUGCGGGCCGUGGACCGCUCGCUGCUGCUGCAGGGCUGGCAGGACCAGGCCUUCGUCACGCCCGCCAACGUGGUCUUCGUCUACAUGCUGUGUCGAGACGUGGUGGAUGGCGACGUUGUGUCGUCGGAGCACGAGCUGCAGGCCAUCCUGCUCACCUGCCUCUACCUGUCCUACUCCUACAUGGGCAACGAGAUCUCGUACCCGCUCAAGCCCUUCCUGGUGGAGGCGGGUAAGGAGGCCUUCUGGGACCGCUGCCUCGCCAUCAUCAAUGCAACCAGUGCUAAGAUGCUGCGCAUCAACGCGGACCCGCACUAUUUCACACAAGUAUUUGCUGAACUCAAGAGUGAGGGCGGCUGCGGCCCUCAGGACUAUAGUCGGUUGCUGGAUCGGUGAGAAGAACUUUGCUGAUCACAUGCCUUUUUGUACACUCAUGCACAUGUAUACUUGCACACUGAAGCAUACAUGUGCCUCAUCGGAUUCCUUUUCUUCUUCUGCUGGAGGAAUAUCGGCCUAUCUGUAAUACAUUUAAUGAUUCUAUCUCUGUUCUCCCUUGCAUCUUCAACAAAAAGGAAUUAUAAACAUUCUCCCCAAGAUAAUUGGCAUAAAAGAAGCUCACAGUUUUUCUUUUCUUUUCCUUGUCCUGGAAUAUCCACCUGAGUUUACUUGAAUUGAAGAACCAUUUGGCCCAUCUGUCCCGUACGUGGUCCCAGCUGCUUCUCUGGAUCUGCACAACCAGGCCUCCUAUCCUCUAUGAACUUCUCUGAAUGUGCUCAAUCAGUGCUUAGGACAAUAGGAUGCCAUCAUCCCUCCACCAAUACCAUCAAGGAUUCUUCAACAGUUGCAUUCUAAACGUCGGAGUGGAUUCACAGAAGAAUAAAACAGACAAUAUAAUCCUCCGAGGCCAAGUUACAUUUUCCAGGGCAACAAGAGGAGACAUGUUGACAUCCGCUGCUGGCUAAGCCCCAUGUGGCAGCAGUGAGAAGUGAGUCAGAGUGACGGGGACAGCUGAGAGGUCCAUGUUAGGUCCUGCUGUGUGGUCAGUAAAGCAGAGCGGAGUUUUGUGGAGCCUUUUGAGGGGCGUCUGGCUUGAGGGGACAGUUGCUGUUUUUUUUAUCGUUACUCAUUCGAGCCUGCAUCUGUGUUUCCAUUUUAUCUCAGGAGACUCUCCUGGUGGAAGCAUAAUUUGAGAUGGAUGUGUGUGUGUGUGUGUGGGGGGGGGCAGCCAUGGUCAUCAGCUGUUCGCUCCAUCCUUUGUCCCCUGCAUCUUGUUGACAGAGCACCCACAGGCUGUGGUAUUAAUGAGAUUAGCAGAUUACUGCAGCCCCUCCCCUCCUCAACCUCUGCCCCCUUCUUGUCCACUCGGCAGCCCUGCAGAGCUUCAGUGGCUAAUCCAGGCCAGGCUGGACCGUGCUGGACUGUAACACACAAACAAACACUUUUACCUUGUUGUGUGCUCUCUAUUCACUUUGGUGCAUGGAUGAAACGUUGCGUGACACACGUGUGCAGCUCAGGGUCCAGAGCAGAGGCACUGAAGCUCUCAGUUGUUUAAGAGCUUUAUUGUGUUUUUGCUGAAUUUGUCCCACUUUCUCAUCAGUCCCAUCCUCAUCAUCCUCAACAGGCCUGUUCUACCUCUCAAUCAACCAUUGGCAUUUUUGCUUCAAUGCCUUUAAUCUCAUCCCGUGUGAUUUCAUGUGUUUUCAGAGGUAGUCACAGAUGAGCCCAAGGUUUGGCAUAAUUGUUUCACUGAAUAAUAUAUGAAGAUACAAAAAAAAAAGGUUUGCUGGAUUUUGUGUCCCAAACAUUCAAAAGUUGUUAAAUUUCCCAAAAGGACCCAGAAGUUGGCAGAUUAUGUUUUGGCUGUAAUUUAAUUUCGAACGCAAAAAAUAGUAGAUGAACGGGGGAAAGCACAAAUGAACUGCACAUAUUUGCACCAGAUUGGUGUGACCGGUUACUAGUUUAACCAAAGAUUUUUUCCAAUGAAAAAGUGAAAUGUAAACCUUUAUUUACAAGAAAAAGGCUAUAUGAAAGAAAUUGGUUAUAUUCAGCUUGUCUCCUUCUCUUUUUAUCCUCUUAAUGCAGGGAUCUCAAACUCAAGGCCCGGGGGCCAAAUCCGGCCCGCGACUUCAUUUUA